AUGGGGCACAGAGGGCCCAAGAAGGCGCCAAAAGCCACAGACAAGGAGUGGAGGCCGUCCACGUCCUUCGUCAGAAGGCAUGGCAGCGUAUUGGCGGCCAGCAGCAUAAUUACUCGGACGGGCCGUCGUGAGACCAGGUCCCGCGAGGCAGAUAGCGUGUGUGGAGCUCCGCGGGCGGCUCCAAGCCAUGGCGUGGCCGCGGUAGAGGAAGCAGGCGCCGUGCGGCGCGCUGGACGGCCGCGGGAGCGCGCGGAGGUGCUCAGCUCUAAGAAGGGAGUGGUUGGGUGGGUAACGCGAGAGCUACGUCCCGCAGAAGAGAUCGGACUCGAUGAGGCCCAGUGGGUUCAUCAGGGCGCACCCGGUCCGAGGCGUCGCCCCGGGCGAGCGCCGAUCCCGCGAGCUGUGGAACCCUGUCCGCAGCUGCGACGGGCAAAGCACCUCCCAGACAGCACGUACGGCCUGGAGUGCGCGGGGCGCGCCGCGCUCCUGGGACACGGCUCCGUCGCCCUCGAGCGUCUGCCCGUCGGGGCGUCGCCGCGUCAGACCGCGCUACGGAAGGCCGGAGAACACGCGGUCGCUCUGAUCGCGGCAGGGCUCAAGCGCGGGACGCUGACGCUCCGCGAGCAGCUGGAGGCUCAGCUCAUUGCGGACCUGGCCGAAGACUUCCCCGACGGCGACGUGCGCAUCGACAACGUGGGACCCACGGCAGCGCUGCAGUGGCUCGUCGGUCACGAGAUGCCUGCGAUCGCUCCGCGGGCGCACACGCGCGUCCCGGGCGAGGUCGACGCCGUCACUUGCGCGCUCGCCACGCUCCGCAACAGCAUCGCGAAUUUCAGGGCGGUGUUCGAGGCCGUGCUGCGCACGGGGCCGUACGACCACGCAACGGGCGUCGGCAACCCUCUGAUUAGCCCGGAGGUCGGGCGGUUCGAGAAAGGCUUCGCGCACUGGCUUCACGUGCGGGACGUCGACGCGCAGCCCGCGGUGCCUCUGACCCGGGCCAAGGCUACCGUCCUUCUGCGUUCUUUGGAGUUGCGCAAACUUCAGGCGGAGCCGGGCACCGCGCGCUGGUUCCGCGCAGUCGAAGACUUCUGUGCUUGGGCACUGUUGUUCCUAACAUGGCUGCGCGGCGAAGAGGCCGUGGAGCUGAACUGGGGCGACGUGAGGUUCGAGCCGCUGCCGGGACUGCUGCCGGUGUUCGGCGUGGGCAUCCUGGAGGUGCAGAUCCGGCACAGCAAGCAUGCCGCGCAGACGGGUGAUAAUGUUCCCCAACGCGUGGUUGUGCCCACGAUGGACUACCCCGAGUUCCAAUUCGAGGGCAGAAUGCCGGUCGUCUUCGGUGGCAGGACGUACGUCGGUGGCUUAUUCAACCUCCCCUCGGCUCUGGCGUCGUAUCGCUGUGCAUUGCGUACGGCGGGGCUCGAUUACGGGGACUCGUCGCCGAUCUUCCGGACGACGGACCGGCGCAGUCAUCUACCGAGCAACGAGCGGCUGACAGUGGGCGCUUUGCUGGAGCGAUUCAAGACGGGGCUCGAGAGCGUGUGGUUCGACGACAGCGGCGUGGAGCACGACGUCCGUGCCGGCGAGACGCUGCACAGCUGCCGCCGCGGCGGGCUGCAGGACGCUAUCGGUCACGGCAUGCGCUUCGAGGCGGCGCAGGUGCGAGGCCGAUGGGCGACGACCGACACUAUGUUGCUGUAUCUGAUCGACGGACACAGACAUUAA